AUGGACAUUUUAGAAUUUAACUGUUACGAGCAUGCGGACAGUGAUACAAAGACAGCAAAAGCAACACCCCAAUCACCAACAAGGUCAGCAAUACCAUCAAACACAACAGCAAAAGUUGGCGUGGCCGAAAAUAACGCAAGAAAACCGCUUACGGCAGGAUCUAACGAUACAGCAAAACUAGUUGCAACACCAUACGCUGUAACAGCAGCAACGCCAGUGGAAGCAUUAUUACAACAAACUUCAGAGACGGAAAUAGACCAAACAUUCAGUGAAAACAAAACACCGGAAAACAAUGAGACUGAAACUUACAUUGAAGUGUACACGACAAUGCCUCCUUUUGUCAAAGAUACUGAAGUUCUAGCGAAACUGCCUCCUACAACAGACGUUAAUUUUAAAAAUGAUUCCUCUAUAAAAGACAAAAGUAUAUCAACAUGGAAUAAUAGAACUCUUGCGACACAGGAUUUGGUAAGAACGAAUACAACUACCCAAACCAAAAAAGCGGAAUUGGCGACAACUACACAACAUUCAACACCAUCAACAACCUCUGCGAAAACAACAUUAGCGACAGCGCAAACGACAACAGUACAAAGAAAUUUAACUGCAGCUAAUACAGCAAUAAAUUUCGUUGAAAACUUAAACAACACAAAUAUUAGUCAUGCAACUGCAAAACCUACGCUAACAACCAAGCUGAAUACCACAACGAGGCCAAAUAAAUCAACGAAAUCAGCAACAUCAUUGAUAAGUGCAACUUGGACUGGGUCAACACGUACUGCGAUAGAUACAAAAGCAAAAGAAACAGUAAGAUCAAAUACAUCUGCGGUAGAUACAACAGGCCCUUCUAAAACUCGAUCAACGAUCAAAGUGCGAUCAACUGUUAAAACAAAUUCGACUACAGAAAUAAAAUCUACUGCAAAGACGGCUAGUGUGACACCGAAACUGAAUCGCACAACAGCUACUACUACUACUACAACACUGAAAACAGCACCAUCAUCAUCAAAUUCUACCACAAAAGUGCGAUCAACUGUUAAAACAAAUUCGACUACAGAAAUAAAAUCUACUGCAAAGACGGCUAAUGUGACAUCGAAACUGAAUCGCACAACAGCUACUACUACCACUACAACACCAAAAACAGCACCAUCAUCAUCAAAUUCGACCACAAAAGUGCGAUCAGAUGUGAAAACAAAUUCGACUACAGAAAUAAAAUCUACUGCAAAGACGGCUAAUGUGACACCGAAACUGAAUCGCACAACUACUAUUACCACUACAACACCGAAAACAGCAUCAUCAUCAUCAAAUUCUACCACAAAAGUGCGAUCAGAUGUGAAAACAAAUUUGACUAAACCUGCCGUAAAAACGACUGAUAUGAUAUCGAAAUUAAAUUGCACAACAACUACUACUACAGGCACAACGUCUAGAACAUCAUCAUCAUCAAAUUCGACCACAAAAAUGCGAUCAACUGUUAAAACAAAUUUGACUACAGAAAUAAAAUCUACUGCAAAGACGGCCGAUGUGACAUCGAAAUUGAAUCGCACAAGAACUACUACUAACAGUACAACGUCAAAAACAGAACCGUCGACAAAUUGGACAACAAAAGUGGGAUCAGCCGCCACAACAAAGUCAAUCACGCAGCUUGCAUUAAAUCCAGAUACAACUUCAAACCCAGCAAACCCAAUUACACCAACGGAAAUGAAUUCUACGAAAAAACCCAUUAGCAACCAAUUCAGUCAAUACAUCUUCUGA